AGGGGGCGGGACUAAGCGAGCUUCUGGCUCUUGGGGCCAAGAAGUCAAAGGCUUUUGACCCCUUGGCGGUCCAUUAGCCUGCUGCAGGCAGAAUGGCCGGGGAAUUUGUGAGGAGCUUAGGGAAAGGAAGUGCUGCUCCAGGGCCUGUGCCAGAGGGAAAGAUCCGUCUGUACAGUAUGCGCCACUGUCCCUUUGCACAGAGAACACGUCUUGUCUUGAAGGCCAAAGGAAUUGACCAUGAAAUCAUUAAUAUCAAUCUGAAAAACAAGCCAGAUUGGAUUUUUGAGAAAAAUCCAGUUGGACUGGUACCUGUGUUGGAGACCAGCAAAGGUCAGCUGAUCUAUGAGUCUCCAAUCACUUGUGAAUAUUUGGAUGAAGCAUAUACAGGAAAGAAGUUGUAUCCUGAAGACCCUUAUGAGAAAGCUUAUCAGAAGAUGCUCUUGGAACUCUUCUCCAAGCUACCUUCUCUGUGUCAUAAAUACAUUUUCGCCACCAGAAGUGGAGAAGACACAUCUGCUCUGAAAGAGGAAUGCUCUGAAAAACUUCUGAAACUUGAGGAGAUUCUAGCUAACCGCAAGAUUAAGUUCUUUGGUGGCGACUCUGUCUCCAUGAUUGACUAUCUUAUGUGGCCUUGGUUUGAGCGUUUGGAGGCCUUCCAGUUACAUGACUGUCUGAGCCAUACCCCAACACUUAAGCGCUGGGUGGAAUUCAUGCAGCUGGAUCCUGCUGUUAUGGCUACGAUAACGGACACGCAGAUGUUCAAGGGCUUUUUGGAGCUGUAUGUGAAGAACAGUCCUGAGGCCUGUGAUUAUGGGCUCUAAAUUGGUGGGAGCUUUCAAUGGAGUGGCAUUGUGCAUUGUAUAUCAAUUGUUCAAGUGCACAAGAUGAGUGCCUAAAUUAGAUUGUGCAGUGUUAAGAUGGUUCUGUGCUUGUUGUACAGCAGGGAUAUUGUGGCUGUACCGAAACGAAAGGCUUACCUGCAUACAGCCUCCUCUCAAAAGAAAGAUGCAUAAAACUGGGGUGCAAGGAAGGUUUGGGGAGUUCAGUAUUCCUGAGUGCCCAGCAAUCAGUUGAUGCUGUAACUUUGUCUGUGUCUUGUCUUCUUCAGUCCAGGAUAUUCAGUCCUUAAACUGUAGAGAUUAUUACUUUACAGGAAUAAACACACUGUAUAUGCAGAGA